CCAUCUCAAUGGCUCGGUAGACCAGGUCUCGAGUCCAGUCGGAAGGAAAACAUCGAACACAGCCUUUUUAGGGAUGAAGAAUCCAAUUAAUAAAGAUGAUGCGGAUGUAGAAAAUGGGAGGUUAGAAAAGGACCGUGAAAAGGCUCUGAGAAACAAAAGAGGACUUAUACUCCACAAUCAGGCCUUGUUAUCCGGGCUCGCCUAUUGUUUGUCCUCAUGCGGCAUGAUACUGGUCAACAAGUAUGUCCUCUCCAGUUAUGACUUUAAUGCUGGAAUAUCUUUGAUGCUUUACCAGAAUUUUGUAUCAGUCGUUAUUGUUUCCACUUUAAGUCUUCUUGGAAUAGUUACGACAGAGCCAUUUACAUGGAGAUUAAUCAAGGUGUGGUUACCGGUUAAUAUUAUAUUUGUGGGGAUGCUGGUCACAAGUAUGUUUAGUUUGAAGUACAUUAAUGUCGCCAUGGUUACGGUUCUCAAGAAUGUUACCAAUGUGAUAACGGCUGUUGGCGAAAUGUAUUUGUUCAAUAAGCACCAUGACAAUAGAGUUUGGGCAGCCCUUUUCUUAAUGAUCAUUUCAGCAAUAUCAGGAGGGUUCACAGACCUCGCAUUUCAUGCUGUCGGAUAUGCAUGGCAGUUUAUUAAUUGUUUUCUGACGGCAUCAUAUUCUUUGACUUUGCGAAGGGUAAUGGAUACUGCCAAACAAGUCACUAAAUCUGGGGAAUUGAAUGAGUUCUCCAUGGUCAUGCUAAACAAUAGCCUCUCACUGCCUCUGGGAAUUUGUCUUAUGUUUAUGUUCAAUGAAGUUGAAUACCUUUUGCAAACGCCACUGUUGAGAUUGCCGACUUUCUGGCUGGUGAUGACCUUUAGUGGCCUGUUGGGUCUAGCAAUUAGCUUCACUUCAAUGUGGUUCCUCCAUCAAACUGGAGCUACCACUUACAGUCUUGUGGGGUCACUGAAUAAGAUACCUCUUUCUGUUGCGGGGAUCCUUCUUUUCAAUGUCCCAACAAGCUUGGAAAAUUCAGCAAGUAUAUUCUUUGGCUUGUUAGCAGGAGUAAUGUUCGCAAGAGCAAAAAUGCGAUAA